CUCGCGAGAGCCGCGUGCUGCAGACGGGAAGGACAAGAUGGCGGCGACAACGACGAUGGCGCUGGGUACAGAGUCCAUCAAGAUGGAGAACGGGCAAAGCACGGCAGCAAAGCUGGGGCUGCCCCCUCUCACCCCAGAGCAGCAGGAGGCUCUCCAGAAGGCCAAGAAGUACGCCAUGGAGCAGAGCAUCAAGAGCGUGCUGGUGAAGCAAACCAUCGCCCACCAGCAGCAGCAGCUCACCAACCUCCAGAUGGCAGCAGUGACAAUGGGCUUUGGAGAUCCUCUCUCACCUUUACAAUCGAUGGCGGCUCAGAGGCAGCGGGCGCUCGCCAUCAUGUGCCGGGUCUACGUGGGCUCCAUCUACUACGAGCUGGGCGAGGACACCAUCCGGCAGGCCUUCGCCCCCUUCGGGCCCAUCAAGAGCAUCGACAUGUCCUGGGACUCCGUCACCAUGAAGCACAAGGGCUUUGCCUUUGUGGAGUACGAGGUCCCCGAAGCCGCCCAGCUGGCCCUGGAGCAGAUGAACUCUGUCAUGCUGGGGGGAAGGAACAUCAAGGUGGGGCGGCCCAGCAACAUCGGGCAGGCGCAGCCCAUCAUCGACCAGCUGGCGGAGGAGGCGCGCGCCUUCAACCGCAUCUACGUGGCCUCGGUGCACCAGGACCUGUCCGACGACGACAUCAAGAGCGUCUUCGAGGCCUUUGGGAAGAUCAAAUCCUGCACCCUGGCCAGGGACCCCACCACAGGGAAGCACAAAGGCUACGGCUUCAUCGAGUACGAGAAGGCGCAGUCCUCGCAGGACGCCGUCUCCUCCAUGAACCUCUUCGACCUGGGCGGGCAGUACCUGCGGGUGGGCAAGGCCGUGACGCCCCCCAUGCCCCUGCUGACCCCCGCCACACCUGGAGGGCUCCCACCUGCAGCUGCUGUGGCUGCUGCUGCUGCCACGGCCAAGAUCACAGCACAGGAGGCCGUGGCAGGAGCCGCAGUGCUGGGCACGCUGGCCACGCCAGGGCUCGUGUCCCCUGCCCUGACCCUGGCCCAGCCCCUGGGGGCUCUGCCCCAGGCUGUGAUGGCUGCACAGGCCCCCGGUGUCAUCACAGGUGUGACCCCUGCCCGGCCGCCCAUCCCGGUGACCAUUCCCCAGGUGGGCGUGGUGAACCCCAUCCUGGCCAGCCCCCCGGCGCUGGGGCUGGUGGAGGUGAAGAAGGAGAAGGAGGAGGAGGAGGUGUUCCAGGAGUCGGAGCGGCCGGAGAUGCUGAGCGAGCAGGAGCACAUGAGCAUCUCGGGCAGCAGCGCCCGCCACAUGGUGAUGCAGAAGCUGCUCCGCAAGCAGGAGUCCACGGUGAUGGUGCUGCGGAACAUGGUGGACCCCAAGGACAUCGACGACGACCUGGAGGGAGAAGUGACGGAGGAGUGCGGCAAGUUCGGGGCCGUCAACAGGGUCAUCAUCUACCAGGAGAAGCAGGGCGAGGAGGAGGACGCCGAGAUCAUCGUCAAGAUCUUCGUGGAGUUCUCCAUGGCCUCAGAGACUCACAAGGCCAUCCAGGCGCUCAACGGGCGCUGGUUCGCGGGCAGGAAGGUGGUGGCCGAGGUCUACGACCAGGAGAGGUUCGACAACAGCGACCUCUCGGCAUGAACUGCGUCCCGUGGCCGGGCUGGGCUCUGGGGAACGGCCCAGCUCCCGUCCCAGGGCUUGGCUGAGCUCGGCUGGGCUUGGAUCUGAGGAGUAGGACCAGCUCUGAUCCCUGAGCUUGGCUGAGCUGGGGUCUGGGAACAGGCCCAGGUCCCGUCCCAGGGCUUGGCUGAGCUCGGCUGGGCUUGGAUCUGAGGAGUAGGACCAGCUCCCAUCCCAGGGCUUGGCUGAGCUUGGAUCUGGGGAAUGGGCCCAGCUCCCAUCCCAGGGCUUGGAUCUGGGGAAUGGGCCCAGCUCUGAUCCCUGAGCCUGGCUGAGCUUGGACCCAAGGGGAUUGAUCCAGCUCUGAUCCCUGAGCUUGGCUGGGCUUGGCUGUGGGGAAUGGCCCAGCUCUGAUCCCAGGGCUUGGAUCUGGAGAAUGGGCCCAGCUCUGAUCCCUGAGCCUGGCUGAGCUUGGAUCUGGGGAAUGGGCCCAGCUCUGAUCCCUGAGCCUGGCUGAGCUUGGAUCUGGGGAAUGGGCCCAGCUCUGGUCCCAGGGCUUGGCUGAGCUUGGCUUCUGAGAAUUGGUCCACUCUGAUCCCAGGGCUUGGCUGAGCCUGGACCCAGGGAAUUGUGAAUUGGUCCAUCUCUGAUCCCUGAGCCUGGCUGAACUCAGAUCCAGGGAAUCAGCCCAGCUCUGAUCCCAGGGCUUGGCUGAGCCUGCACCCAGGGAAUCUCUGAUCCCAGGGCUGGGCCAAGCUCAGGUUGGGGAAUCAGCCCAGCUCUGAUCCCAGGGCUCGGCCAAACUCCAGUCCAAGGAAUCAGUCCAACUCUUCCAAGGAACUGGCCAAGCUCUACUCCGGGGACUGGCCCUGCCCCCUGUGCCUCCCAGGAUUUUUGUAGCCAGUGUGUAAAGGACAUUCCAGGACAUUCCAGGGCAGGCACGGGGAUCUGGUGUCUGGGGAGUUGAGAUAAAAACACAAAGAAA